AUGCGUCCUAUCUCACUAAUCACAGCUGUCAUUCUCCCUCUCGCCUUUGCGGCGCCUGUCCCUGAAAAAGACACUAGUCCUCAAGUUAUCCCCAUUCCCCCUCCCGCCGUAAUUCAGGCCCUCAUUGACGCUGGCCUUGGCCAAUUCGCCACUCCCACCGACAUAGCAUACAUCAAUAACGCUAUAGCCGCUGCGGAAGCUGCCGCCGCCGCCACGCAGAAAGCUGGUGGUUCUAGCAAGAGACAGGAUUUGGGAUUAGGAUCAACAACGGGUGCAUUAGAUCCCAUUCUUGGUAUACUCGGGAGUUUAGGGCUUGGGGGUUUGAAAGAACGAGAUGAGAUUGUGAAGAGACAGGAUUUGGGAUUAGGAGCAUUAACGAGUCCAUUAGAGCCCAUUCUUGGUAUACUCGGGAGCUUAGGGAUUGGGGGUUUGAAAGAACGAGAUCAAACUGUCAAGAGACAAAGUCUUCCUGUUCUUGGAAAUGUUGUUGGGAGUGUUCCGGGUAUUGCGACUGGGACGGGGAUCACGAAUGAUUUACCAAUUGUAGGACCCGUUGUGGGAGGACUUUUGCAGAAUCCGACUUCUGUUACUUCGGUAUUGGGAGGUGGACUCAAAGAAAAAGCCAAGAGACGACAAGAAGUCGCUGCUGCUAUGAAAGAAUAA